GUUUAUAUGCUUUGUGUUUUCAAUGCAGGUUUGUUAAGGUAAUUUUAUGGCUAGCAAUGCUAGAGAAGAUACACAAAGCAAUAAUGUUGCUCCGACCGAUAAUGAAAUUGAAGUUGAGAGUAAUAUUAAUCCAACUUUGGAAACUCCACAAGCAACGGAUAAUAAUGCCUCGAAUCCAGAAGGAUCAACUCCUGUUGAAGGUGACAAUAAGGCUAAUGUUAAGAGUGCUUAUUGGAAGUAUUUUGAUCGUUUAAAAGUUGAAGGUGAAUGGAAGACAAAAUGCAAAUUUUGCAAGAGUGUGCUUAAUGCAAAUCCGAAGAAUGGUACCAAGUCACUGAGAAACCAUGUGGACCGAUAUUGUAAGAGAAUAAAAGUGGCGACCUCAAGGCAAUCAUCAAUUGUUGAAUCUCUAGCAAAACAAGCACAAGUGCAAAAAGUAAACGAAAAUGGAUUUGUGUUUGACCCUUCAAAGACAAGAAAGUGUGUUACCGAAAUGAUUGUCCUGCAUGAGUAUCCUUUGAGUUGUGUAGACCACCAUGGACUGAGGCGAGCGUUUGCAUCAAUACAACCAACAUUUAAAAUGCCUAGUCGCAACACGGUUAGGAAAGACAUCUUGAAGAUGUUUGGGGAUGAGAAGCUGAAGUUAACUCUUCAACUAGAUGAAAAUGAUAGUAGAGUUGCGAUAACUAGCGACAUGUGGACUUCCAAUCAAGAAAAGGGUUACAUGGUUGUCACAGCUCACUAUAUCGAUAGUUCGUGGAAGUUGCAAAUGCGCCUAUUGAGCAUGAAGAAGAAAUUUGAGAAGUAUUGGGAUGAGAUUCAUGGCAUUAUGGGUGUUGCUGCUGUUUUAGAUCCUAGGUACAAGAUGGUUGGAGUUGAGUUUCAAUUUAAAAAAAUGUAUCCAGAUCCAAUAGAAUGUUCCAAGCAAGUUGAUAGAAUUCAUCAGUUGUGUAAUGAGUUGGUUAAUGAAUACAAUCAAAAAAUGAGUUCUGAUGUGUCAUAUGUUGGUACAAAGGAAGUUGAUGAAAGUGGAAAUACAAGCAUAUUUGGGGGUGAUGAUUAUAUGGUGUAUCUUAAAAGAAAAAAAUGACAAGGGGUUCAUGUGUAAAUGUUGAGUUUGAUCAUUAUCUUGAGGAGGAAAUUCAUCCUCCAAAUGAUCCUAACUUUAAUGUUUUGAAAUGGUGGAAGAACAAUCAAAUGAAAUUUAAAGUUUUGGCAAAAAUAGCCAAGGAUAUAUAUGCCAUUCUAGUAUCCACUGUUGCUUCUGAAUCUGCUUUUAGUACAAGUGGUCGUGUAAUCUCUCCUCAUCGCGGAAAGCUCAAAGAAAGCAUAAUUGAAGCUUUGAUGUGUGGCCAAAGUUAGUUGUGGGCAGCUUUAGGGAA